AUGCCACCCUCCUCUAGUCAGAUGAAACCAAGCGAAACCAGAGAUCUUUCAGGAAGUGAAUCAAUCGAGGAUAGCAUCGAUGAAGAAUUGGCAAGCUCACGGCGCAAAAAGCGUCUGACUGUGUAUGAUGCUGUUGCUGGCAGAUUAAAUCGUCAAGGAUCCACCUUCCACUCGUAUACGUCUCGAUGGAGGCGUAAUGUCUCCUCUACCCGUGCUGUUCGACCAUCAAAUGACAUACUGUCCCGCUUGCAAGGUGAUGACAAUUUGGGAGAUUGGUGUAACGAGGAAACCCUGGAUGAUGUCCCUCUUCCUGAAUCCGAGAUCAUCGAAGCUAUUCAGUCCUAUGCGGGUCAUUUCUAUGCGAACACAACUGACAGUCGUCGAACGGAGCAUUUCUCUAGUAUGAAUGGAUCUGCUCUAAUUGCAAUGGGGGUCCUGUUGGAAGAGCUGGGAAGCGAAUUGCUAGGAGAGACUGGCGACAUGGUCUUGGUGGAACGCGAGGAUAGUGAUGACUAUGAUUCUGGUCACUAUGCUAGCGACUCACUACUUGUGCCAUACUACGACUGCAUUCUGCAAACAAAGAAUCCUUCCUGCCGGGUCUACAGUCUAUCUACUCUGCGUCGCUUCUCGAAGGAAAUGCCUCCUCGAAUUAAGGCAGUUUCGCCUGAGGUGAAGCAGAAAAUGAUACUCGAUCACAUACGCUCGACUUGUACUUGCCAUACACUCAAAGACUUGGAGAAGAUGUUGCCUUCUGUUGCUAGUAUCAACGGCAUUCAGGUCAAGGAUUUUAUCACUGGACUAUCGAAUGAUAAUAAGAUACGCAUGGAGAAGAUUGGUAGCAACAACUGGUACUGGAGUUUUUCUAGUGACGAAAAGCGCGAGCGUGAAAAUGCACAGGAGGGAUUGAUGCGAGAAUUGAAUCGCCUUACCAGAUCCGUCGAGCAACUUGAAGAUGAGCUACAAAAGAAGCAGGCUGCUGCCAAGGAAGAGGAAGGGGCUCGUGAUCCUAUGGACAUUGAGAUAGAGAGACGGACUCUCAUGGAGCGGAAGGCUGAGCUAUCUACCGGAACCGAGCAAUUGCAAGCACAAAAGACUGUUUUCGAAGACAACGGUAUUUCCAAGAUCAAGAAAAGAGCCGACGAGAUCACUAAAUGGACGCGGGAAACAGAAACAUGGGAAGAUAAUAUCAGCAUUAUGGAGCAAUACCUCUAUAAGCUUGCCGGGGAAGAUCGCGGACUAGUGGAGGCGAUCAAGAAGCAGUGCUAUGGUGUUGAUUACGAGGAUUACCAUGAUAUGGCUGAAUCUCAGUAUUGA